ACGAAAUGUCAUUAUGAGUUAUAUAUAUUAUAUGUCAAAACUUAGCAUUUUAAAACUCACAUUUAUUUUUUUUAUUCAAUAUUCAUUUUAAAUGAAAUUAGAAGAAAUGGAUGAAGAUAUAUCAGAUCUAGGAGAUGAAGAUAAGGACGAAAGUAUAGACGAAGAAGAUAGUAUGGUUGAAGAAGAUAGUGCGGUUGAAGAAAAUAGUGUGGUUGAAGAAGAUAGUGUGGUUGAAGAAGAUGGUGUGGUUGAAGAGGACAAUGUUGUUGAAGAAGAUAGUCCUGAAGAUAACCAUUUUCAAAAAAGUUUAUCUGUACGAAAUCAAAUAAAUCAGUGGGAGAAAGCUGUCGAAAUUUGUAUACAUUUCCAAAAAUGUAUUCAAAUAGCCAAUAUUUUACCAACAGAAGAAUCUUUCAAAACAUUUUCAAAAAAUGAAGAAUUUUCGAGUACAAUAACUGAAACUACAAAAGAUUUACAAUCCUUAUUUAAAAAUUUAACUCAAUUGCAAAAUUUUAAUUUUUCGAAAAGUUCUGAAGCAAAGAAAAUUAAAAAAACUAGUAUUUCAAGUAAAUCUGGGAAAGAAAUUGGAAAGAGUUUAGAAAAAAAUUUUCAAAAUUAUAAAGAAUAUCGUAAUGAAACAUUACAAAAAUGGUAUAGCAGAGCCUAUGUGACUGGUGAUAAAAAUAAUUUAAAUGUAAAUAAAAAAAUUGAAGAUUUAAUGUUAAAUAAGGAUACCAUUUUAACUCGGUCACAAACAUUAAAUCCUCAUUAUGUACAAAAAAUUUUUCCUACAGUAGGGAAAUCAAAAAAUGAAGAUGAUGAUUCUGACAAAAAAAUAAUUUCCAAAAAUAUUUAUGAUGACACAGAUUUUUAUCUUAGUUUAUUACAAGAAGUUAUAGAUUCCAAAUCAAGUUCAGAUGAUAAAAAUCUUAAAGAAAAAUUAAGUAUGCUUAGUAUAGCAAGACAAAAAAUGAAGCGUAGCGCAGGAAAAAAAGCAUCAAAAGGCCGGAAAAUUAGAUUUACCGUUCAUAAUAAAUUGGUAAAUUUUAUGCCGACAAAUCCAUCAACUACAUAUGAAGAUGACCAAAAAAAUAUUUUAUUUCAAUCGUUAUUCAGUUCUUAAUACAUUUUAUUAAUAGUAUUAGAAAAUAAAAG